UGAGGAGCAGCGUGGCGCAAGUAACCAAGCAUCGUACAUACCUCAUCGAGACGCGAACAAGCGAGAGAAAGCGACAUCUGGCCCCUGAGUACGAGAGCUGCCGACUCUAGUUCCUGAAGCUACCGUCAGAUGUCGGGGUGUGUCCGUUUGGCCGGAGGUCGCGGGCGGGCGGGAGUCGGUGGCCCUCGCCCGCCCUCGUCCAGACUCAACGCCGCGCGGCAGUAAUCGGUGAGCGUUGUGAGGGGAGGGGGUGCGCAGACCUCGCGCUACAGCCGGCAGCCCUCGCCGGCGUCGGAGCGUCGCAUGGUACCCCUCUGACGGAUACAGCCCCAGGUGUCUGCGGGCGUGCGGACCGCCUAGAAGUGCCUGUACGGCGGACGGGACCUCACGAUGAACGGCAAACAAGGCGGCGAGGCGCUGUCAUUCAGCCGCACCAGCCGCAGCUACAACUCCCUGCCGCGUCACCUACCCAGCUCGUACUCUGUCCCGUACGGCUACAAGAUCGACCUCGACUUUGUCCGCUUCUGUGACAGCUACUAUGACAACCGGGACAGCCAGCGACCGGCCAGCCGGCUGCGGCGCACCAAGAAGAGUCACAAAAAGUCCUACAACACACUGCUCGGACUGCACAAGGAAAAGGCCGACAAACCAAAGUCCAUCAGCCCACCGGCACAGGCACCGGCGCACUUCUUCCCACCGUCACGCACCCAGACCGACAACAAGCUGGCAACCGAUCUGGAGAGCUCACUCGGUCAGGUCAUGUCCGACUUCGAGGAGACCUUCCAGAGGUCACGCGUGCGUCAGGAGAACCACGCGUACCUCAGCGACGGUGGCGAGUACCGGCCGAACGGGCGGCGGUACCACUCUCUGCCCAGGCCAGCGACGCUGCGCUCCUGGCGGACUGUAGAACAGGACCUGCCGCGUGCCUCGUCCAACUCGUCACUCUCAGACUCAUCGGAUGGCGCGGGGAACGGUCUCGGACGCUCCUCCGACCUCGCCCGAGAGAUGGCCGAAACCAUCAGCUCGCUGCAGAAGCUCAGCCGUAUGGAGGACGGGCCUGAACUGCGGCCGGGUCACAGGAGGUCAGAGGUCACCACCCAUGUGACCUCUGAGGGUACGCCGGGAUCGGGGCGGGAGCAGACGGACAGCAGGCUGGUGGGCAGGAAGGAGUGCCGGAUGGAGACGAGGGUGACCGUCUCCAGCAACUCUCAGCGUCAGGCAGAGGAUACGCGUCAAGAACAAGCGAAUAAUGAAUAUGAAAGAAGGAUACGGGAGUUGGAGGAGCAAGUCAAGGCCAUUCCUCUACUUAAGCACAAGCUGUCCGUGCUGCGGGAGGAGAAGCGGUCGAUGGAGGAGCAGCUGACCCGCAGCCGGCCUCGCCGUGAGCCGCAGGGAGACCCUCCCGAACGGACCACCCAGCACACCGUCAGCCUGCGCUCCAGGAGCCUCUCACCCGCUCAGGAUCCGAGCUCGCCCGACCGCCGUGUGCUACAGGAUGCCACCACCAGCUGUCGCGUGCUAACCAGAGACAUCGGAGUGGACGGCUGCCCGGAGCGACUGGACGCGACUCCGAUGCGGGAGUCUCCCUCCAGCCGCGGCCGAACCCGUGAUGUGGGGUUGGCCACGAGGGAGGUCACUCCGCCAGCCCGCCCGGUCACCAGGGACUUUGGUGUGGGGUACGGCCUAGCGGUACGAGACCCGACACCUCCUAGAGUCGUCACAUCACCCAAACCAGCGACACGCGAUGUGGGCGUGGGUUACGGCCUAGCCGUUCGCGAGCCGACGCCUCCAAGAGUGGUCACACCACCCAAGCCUCCAACAAGAGACGUUGGCGUUGGUUAUGGUCUUGCAGUUCGUGAUCCAACUCCACCAAGAGUUGUUGCUCCUCCGAAACCACCAACGCGUGACUUCGGAGUGGGUCAUGGGCUUGCCGUCCGCGACCCAACUCCUCCAAGAGUGGUGGCCGCUCCCAAGCCGAUAACUCGGGACAUGGGUGUCGGGUUGGGGAUGGCUGUCCGCGACCCCACCCCUCCACCAGCACCAGUGCGGGUUCCUACACGGGACGCGUGCGUUGGCGGUGGCCCACCGACCCCGCCUCCGCGUCCCGCGCCAGCCCAACGCUCUGUCUACGUCCUUACCGACCUGAACGCCGGUCAAGAAAACCGGGGCCGCCGCAAGUUCUCGCUGGGUUCAAUCCUGAGCGGGCACGGUGGCAACCGAACGGUGGGGGUCAACACGCGGCGCUCGGAGCUGACCGUCGGAGGUACGCAUGUGGAGACCGUGGCCGGAGAUGACUCGGUUCAGGAGAUUCUGGAGCGGGAGCGACGCCGUCCACCGGGCGUGGAGCGCGGCUCUCAGACCCGUGCCGCGGCGGCCGUCAGUGCCGAGACGAGCACGGACCGGCCGCCGGCCACCCGAGACGUCGGGGCUUCCACCGAGCUAGGUUUCGAUGAGCUGCGUCAGAUGUGUGAUCUGCGCGACCAGCUAGACGAACUGCGAGAGCUUCAGAGAUCCACCAGAGCCUCGUCCAGCGAGACGCGAGACACGUUCACACAGAUCAAGGAGUACGAGCUUGGCGUCAACUACGUGCGAGGAGCGUUCUCGUUCGUGAAGAGCGUCAACUGUUCCUCGCAGACGGAGCCACCGCCGCAACCAACACCGCUCCGCUCCUCGGGAGCUCAGACUGAUCGGGAGCCGGAGCCUUGGAGGCCGUCGACGCGUGCCUUCGCCGCCCAGGUACACCCGGCGAUGACCAGUGUUGGCGUGCAGUGUCUCGAGGAGGACAGCCGGGGUGUCGAGGCGCGGCCCGAGCGGCGUGAUGUCGCCGUCACGGCAGAGUUCCGCCGGUUCACGCGGUCGGUGGCUACAGCCACGGACGCUGCUCCGGCGGUGACUCGGCCGUCCCCCGCGCACAGGAGGGAUGCGGCGACGGCCACGGUGGCUCCGCUCGUCAUGUCGCGAGCGGUGCUCACCGAUCGCCUCAAAGAGCCGCUGAAGAAGGUGAAGACCACCAUGACAGAGGUGACUCCUCUGAGGAGUGUUGCCAGCGGCGAGCACCUGGUUAAUCGUCACCAGAGCUGCCAGACGGCCCCAUCCCCGGCCCCAGCCGCCGCUGCCGCCGCCCCCGCCCCUGCGCCGGCCGCCCCGGCCCCGCCCGUCAGCAGCCGUCACCAGGCGACUCAGACGCUGGCGGCGCCACCGUCCACCCCUCCGGCGACACCUGCCGACCGCGAGUCGCCGCUGCCGCCGCUCUCCCGCUCCUCGAGCGGCUCCAAGAUCCCCCGCCGGAUGGCGACGCCUCCCACCGCCCGAAAGGCGGCCCCGGCCGCUCCCACUCCCCCGGCUAUGGUGCGGCGAGCGGCCUCCUUUGCCGGAGUCACCACCCCACCGACCGGCCGCAAGACGCCGACCGCUGCCGGUUCAGCCACCCCGCCGACGGCACGCAAGGCUGCCGGAGCGGGCACCCCGCCCACCGCUCGACGCAUCCCGGUGCCCGUGGGAUCAACAACUCCGCCCACGCCGCGACGGGAGCUCCGGUCGCCGUCACCGUCGGUUUCGACGGCGCGUCCGGCGGCCAAAGAGUCGUCACCGACGAAUGGUGCGCCGGCGGUGACGGCGGAGUCGGGACCGGCGGCGGUGCCCGAGUCGGCCAGACUGGUGUCCGGCGCAGGUCAGGUGUCUGACGCCGAGCCCAAACAGCGCCAGUUUGGCCGCAGGGAUACGUUUGUGGCGCCCCGUGACACGGACUCUCAGCGGCAGGAGCUCGGCCAGGGCGACGCGGCAGAUCAAAAAUCGACAUUGGAACCCGUGGAUUUAGAUGAUUUCACGGCGGUAGAGGAAAUGAUCUCGACGGAGGAGAUGAAAGAGAAGAAACCAGAAGCUCCCAGAAUAAAGGUGGAGCCCAGUCCAGAGAUGCGCGCCGCUCUGAAGGUGCUGAACGACUCUCUGAGCGCCCCGGGCGCCGGCAAGGGGUCGUCAGCCGUCGCCCAGGCGCGCGCUCUCGUUCAAGCCGAGUGGUUCAAGGUGGCCGGAUCGCGAGACGCCGACCCGCUGGUGGUGGAGGACUACCUGGACGUGCUGGAAGGCAUGUCGCUCGACCUGUUGAAGACCGUGGUCAACAUGGCGGAUAACAACAGUAACACGGUGAUGCACUACGCGGUGUCGCACGGCAACUUUGACGUGGUGAGCGUGCUGCUGGACAGCAAGGUGGUGGACGUGCAGCGGCAGAACAACGCCGGCUACACGUGCAUCAUGCUCCUAUCGCUGGCCCACAUCACCUCCGAGACGCACCGCCAGGUGGUCCGCAGGCUCUUCCAGAACGGCGACGUCAAUGUCCGAGCCAAACAGCACGGUCAGACGGCGCUGAUGCUGGCCGUCUCCCACGGCCGGCUGGACAUGGUCAACCUGCUGCUGGAGGCCGGAGCAGACAUCAACAUACAGGACGAGGACGGCAGCACGAGUCUGAUGUGCGCCUCGGAGCACGGCCACGCGGCGAUCGUACGCGUCCUGCUGGCCCACCCCGAGUGUGACACUCAACUCACCGACAACGACGGCUGCACGGCGCUCCAGGUGGCCAUGGAGGCCGGCCACCGUGACGUCGGCCUCCUCCUGUACGCCCACUCCAACUUCUCUCGCGGCAGUUCCCCGUAUGGCUCGCUGAGGCUGAAGAAGGGCGGCUCGCGGACACCGGGCGGCCGGGCCAGCGCCACUCCCCCGCGCGGAGCCACGCCCACCGGCACGCCGGGACUCGGCAAGCGCAGCCUGUCGUCGCUGCACUGAAGCGCGUGAUGUGGGCUUGUGGUGAUACUCCGUCCAGGGGAGGUGUGGAGGAUCGGUCGGUGACAGUGCCUUGUAACGCGCGCAGCGGCGCGGCCGGGCGGCAGACCGCGCCCCGAGAACCGGUGGCACGGGCUGGUCGUGAUAUGUAACUGAUUCAGCCAGACGAGUCGUUCGCUGCGACGCACAACUAACCUCAGUCAGAAUUGUUCGAGACGUUGCCUUCCUAUUCAACCCAGGCGCUCAGCGCGGACUCCCCAGACGUUUUGGGUUCCAGAGCGUGAAGCGAGUGGUGCACUGACCAAGUUUUAUCAUUGAGUGAGGAGUCUGCUUGUGACCGGCUGUACCGGACCGAACAGCGCCAGACGUAUCCUGCUUUACCGAGCUGUGGGCGAAGUCAGCGGUAAUCUGCAGUACUAACAUGUGCCAACGAAUGUGUAACUGACUUUUAAUGUGUGCUUGUGUUUGACGUGCGAUAGGUGAGGUUUUUAACCAUCCGCUGCCAAUACAUUCCUCGAAACCUG